AUAAUAUAGCUGUAUUGCUAUUAUAUUGGUUGAAUGGUCUUACAUUCUCAACUAAUAUGUAUUAUUUUUAUGUCUUGAUGGAUCUGUCUUCAACGAAACUGGGUAGUUUGUUACCCUUUUUAAUAUAG